GCGCCGGCCGCUCUCCCACGCGGGGGCCCAGGGGCUCCCGAGGGUGCUGCCUCCAGGAAGCAGGCGCCGCGCGCUAUUGCCGCCUGCACCUCGGGCGUGGGGACCCGGCACCAGCAGCCCGGUCCCCACGAGUGACCUCCUGGAGGGCGGGGCCCGGGGGGGAAUCUGCGCGGGUCAGGCCCCUUGGAGCAGGCUGGGGGUGCCCGGGCCAGGCCGCUCCCACCUGCCAGCCGCGCGGCCAAUGAAUGCUAGGCCUGGUGAUGUCAUGCCCUGACCGGACCCUGAUGACGAAUGUCCGAGGUCACCUGUCAGAGAACCAGCGCAGACCCACCCGCGGGGGUUCCAGAAGUUUCCACUGCCGCCGCGGAGUGCGGCCUCGCCCCGCAGCCUUGCGCGUGCCACCACGCUGGCCUGCCUUCUCGGGUGUCCCCUAGUCACCCCUUCCGCCCCCGGGGGUCUCCUGUCUCCAUGCCCCCCACCUCAUUUCCACUAGCGAUCCCAUGUUUACAUCUCCAUUCCCACAGGUGUCCCUUCAUCCCUAGGAGUGUCCCACGCCACCUUUUCUGCACCAGUGCCACCUGGACCCCUAAGGGGACCAUCCUCGACCACACUCCUACAUGGCUCUCCUCCCAUGCCACCGCUGUCUGUGUCGUGGCCGGGGAUGCAUGAACCCUUGGCCUUGAGCCAACUUCCCCAGCCUCUAGCGAGGCCGUCAGGGUGUCCAAGUGUGUCCGUCCGUCUGUGAAAGUCGGUCCCUGCGUUUGUCUGUGCCUGUCGCUGCAUGAGGUCGUCCGUCUGCGCGUGUCUGUCUCCGCGGGCUUCUGUCCGUCUGUCUGUCACGUGGGUGUCUGCUCCGCCGCUGCAGGUCUUUGGGUCGCGUCUGUCACUGCGCGUCUGUCGUCGGUCGGCGUCUGGCACUGGACAGACGCCGCCUGCCCUGCAGCCAUGAGGCCCCCGCGGUGUCCCCUGCACAUGCCUUCCCUGGCUUCCCCACUCCUUCUCCUCCUCCUCUGGCUCCUGGGAGGAGGGAUGGGGGCUGAGGGCCGGGAGGACACAGAGCUGCUGGUGAUGGUACGUGGGGGCCGGCUGCGGGGCAUUCGCCUGAAGGCCCCUGGGGGCCCUGUCUCUGCUUUCCUGGGCAUCCCCUUUGCGGAGCCACCUGUGGGACCCCGUCGCUUUCUGCCACCGGAGCCCAAGCAGCCCUGGCCAGGGGUGCUGGACGCUACAACCUUCCAGAGUGUCUGCUACCAAUAUGUGGAUACCCUGUACCCGGGCUUUGAGGGCACCGAGAUGUGGAACCCCAACCGUGAGCUGAGCGAGGACUGUCUCUACCUCAACGUGUGGACGCCACACCCCCGGCCUGCAUCCCCUGCCCCUGUCCUCGUCUGGAUCUAUGGGGGUGGUUUCUACAGUGGGGCCUCCUCCCUGGACGUAUACGAUGGCCGCUUCUUGGUGCAGGCCGAGAGGACUGUGCUGGUAUCCAUGAACUACCGGGUGGGAGCCUUUGGCUUCCUGGCCCUGCCGGGGAGCCGAGAGGCCCCAGGCAACGUGGGUCUCCUGGAUCAGAGGCUGGCCCUGCAGUGGGUGCAGGAGAACGUGGCAGCCUUCGGGGGGGACCCGACAUCAGUGACACUGUUUGGGGAGAGCGCGGGUGCCGCCUCAGUGGGCAUGCACCUGCUGUCCCCGCCCAGUCGGGGCCUGUUCCACAGGGCCGUGCUGCAGAGUGGUACCCCCAAUGGGCCCUGGGCCACGGUGGGUGUGGGAGAGGCCCGCCGCAGGGCCACGCUGCUGGCCCACUAUGUGGGCUGUCCACCCGGCGGCACAGGUGGGAAUGACACAGAGCUAGUAGCCUGCCUUCGGGCACGACCAGCGCAGGACCUGGUGAAACACGAAUGGCAUGUGCUGCCUCAAGAAAGUGUCUUUCGAUUCUCCUUCGUGCCUGUGGUGGACGGAGACUUCCUCAGUGACACCCCAGAGGCCCUCAUCAACGCCGGCGACUUUCAUGGCCUGCAGGUGCUGGUGGGUGUGGUGAAGGAUGAGGGCUCGUAUUUUCUGGUUUACGGGGCCCCAGGCUUCAGCAAAGACAACGAGUCUCUCAUCAGCCGGGCCCAGUUCCUGGAAGGGGUGCGGGUCGGGGUCCCCCAGGUAAGUGACCUGGCGGCCGAGGCUGUGGUCCUGCAUUACACAGACUGGCUGCAUCCCGAGGACCCGGCGCGCCUGAGGGAGGCCCUGAGUGAUGUAGUGGGCGACCACAAUGUCGUGUGCCCCGUGGCCCAGCUGGCUGGGCGACUGGCCACCCAGGGUGCCCAGGUCUACGCCUACGUCUUUGAACACCGUGCCUCUACACUCUCCUGGCCCUUGUGGAUGGGGGUGCCCCACGGCUACGAGAUCGAGUUCAUCUUUGGGAUCCCCCUGGACCCCUCUCGAAACUACACCGCAGAGGAGAAAAUCUUUGCCAAGCGACUGAUGCAAUACUGGGCCAACUUCGCCCGCACAGGGGACCCCAAUGAGCCCCGAGACCCCAAGGCCCCUCAGUGGCCCCUGUACACGGCAGGGGCGCAGCAGUAUGUGAGCCUGGACCUGCGGCCACUGGAGGUGCGGCAGGGGCUGCGCGCCCAGGCCUGUGCCUUCUGGAACCGCUUCCUCCCCAAAUUGCUCAGCGCCACCGACACGCUCGACGAAGCGGAGCGCCAGUGGAAGGCCGAGUUCCACCGCUGGAGCUCCUACAUGGUGCACUGGAAGAACCAGUUCGACCACUACAGCAAGCAGGAUCGCUGCUCAGACCUGUGACCCCGGCGGGACCCUCACGUCCCCUGCUCCGCCCAGCCCCCUAGCUGUAUAUACUAUUUAUUUCAGGGCUGGCCUACAACACAGACGAGCCCCAGACCCUGCCCCUCCCCACCCUCGACGUCCCCCGGGGCUCUCCGUCCUCUGCAUGUCUCGGGCUGAGCUCCCACCCCCGCGGUGCCUUCGCCCCUCCGGGCUGCCAAUAAACUGUUACAGCCA